GCUUACCAAACUUCCCACUUCCCCAUUUCGUUUCUGUUCUCAAAUUCUUCGAACCUUCUCAAAUAGGGGGCGAAGGGGUUUAAGGGGAGGAGAGGAAGGGGCUCUCGGCUCUCUCUUUUCCAUAUUUUUCCUCUGCCCAUAAUUUUUCUGAACAAGCGAAAGGAGGGAAAACUGUUGUUUCUUAUUCCUUUUCCAUUUUUGGGUAUGGUGGUUGAGACUAGAGUGUUGACAUGGAGGAGGGGGGUCAAGUCCCUUCAGGCUCUGGCAGCUCAUGGUUUUCUUUUGUUCUUCACGCUUUUGCUUGCUCUCAAGCUUGACCGUAUCGUUUCAUACUCUUGGUGGGUUGUCUUUUCACCUCUAUGGCUCUUUCAUCUAGUUGCAGCAAGAGGAAGAUUUUCUCUACCUGCUCCAUCAAUGCCUCAUGAUCGAUAUUGGGCACCGUGGCAUGCUGUCAUGGCAACACCAUUACUUGUUGCAUUUGAAGUACUUCUUUGUAUAUAUUUAGAAUGCAGUAAAGUUGUAAAUUUGAAGAUUGUCUUUGUUCCCCUCAUGAUAUUUGAGCUAGCAAUUUUGGUUGAUAAUAUCAGGAUGUGUAGAGCUUUACUGCCUGGAGAUGAAGACGACAAUGUAAGCGAUGAAGUUAUAUGGCAAACACUUCCUCACUUCUGGGUCUCAAUAUCCAUGGUUUUCUUCAUUGCUGCAACCCUAUUCACGCUUCUAAAGCUUUGUGGCAGUGUAGCCACUCUGGGCUGGUGGGAUUUAUUUAUAAAUUUCUGUAUAGCUGAGUGCUUUGGAUUUCUUGUUUCCACGAAGUGGUAUAAUCCUAUGAUUCAUAGGCACUCUCUCGUUACAGAAUCAAGUUCCUCUUCGCUGACUAUUAGAUACCUUGACUGGGAUAGAGGUGUGGUGGUUUCCUCUGAUGGGGUUCAACCUCAAGUCAGAGUUUGUAACCUGCAGGACAUCGGUGGACACAUCAUGAAGGUUCCUUUUAUCAUUUUCCAAAUCCUGCUUUUUAUGCACUUAGAGGGAACCCCAAGGAGUGCUUCAUAUAUUCCUUGUCUGGUUCUGUUCUCUCCUCUUUUCUUACUGCAAGGACUGGGUUUCGUGUUUGCGGCGUAUAGGUCAAUGGAAAAAAUUGUAAUAUUACUAGUUGGUGCUCCUACUUCUGUAAGAUAUCUUGACCUAAGGUCAAAGGCUCGUGAACUUUUAGGGUUCAUGCACCAUGGAUCGAGGUUGCUAGGUUGGUGGUCAAUCGAUGAAGGUAGUCAAGAGGAGCAAGCUAGACUUUAUUCAGCUGGGACUUCUGGGUAUGAUACUUUCACACCAGAGUCUGUAAAGAAAAUGACCAAAUCCAAUCUCGUUGAUGAGAUAUGGAGAUUACAAGCCGCAUUGAAUCAACAGACGGAAGUUACGAAAUUGAGCCGGCAGGAACAUGAAAAACUUCUAAAUGAAAAGAUUCUUUGUAGAGUGUGCUUUGAUGAACCCAUUGAUAUGGUUCUUCUUCCUUGUAGGCAUCACAUUCUCUGCAGCUCUUGUUGUGAGAAAUGUAAUCGCUGCCCCAUCUGUCGGGAAUCGAUAGAAGAAAGGCUGCCUGUUAAUGAUGUUUAGAACAGAACACAAGCCCUCAUAUUUGUCGGGCUUGCGAUAUUUUUAGAUGGGACAAGCAUCAACAGUGUCUGACAUGGUGUGUAAACAAUCUGAUUAGUUUGAAAGUCAUCGAGUGUGUUCAUUUUGAUAUGUAGAUGCUUUUGAUUGUAAUGGAGAGUCGAUCAUCUUUUCAACCCAUUGUGCCAUAGAAAGUUCACUCAAAUUUGUAAAUUUGUGAAACUCAUAUAAUAGUAUUUAUGCGAUGAUAUUGAUGAUUAACCAAGUCAACUAUGUAAUACCUUGACAUUUUGUGAAAAAUUACCAAUAGUGAUAAUACUUUAACUAUC